CUUGCCUUUUGGGCUCCUCUAUAGGUAGUUCGCUCCCAUUUGCCUCCACCAUAGCAGUUGGUUCUGAACCAUCUUGGAAGAACCAGGCGAUGGCGCAGUGGUGCGGCGCAUUAGCUAAGCGAGUGAUGGCGGCGGAGCGACGGUCUCCUUCACUGACGUCGUCCAUGGCGGUUGAAGGACUGGUGCCGAUCCUUUGUGGACGAGGUGACAAGAAGACGAAGAAGGGGAAAAUAUUCAAAGGCUCGUACGGCAACGCUAGGCCGAAGAAGGAGAAGAAGAUUCAGCGAAUUAAGGAUAAAAUCGAGGUUCCUAGUUCUACUCCUUGGCCUCUUCCUUUCAAGCUCAUCUGAUUUUAAUCUCCUUUUUUGUUGCCUCUAAUCGCAUCGGACUUUCAUGAUCCGUAAUUUUGAAAAAUCAAGGUUUUCUCGAGGUUUAGGGUUUAUGUCAAGUCAAGAUCAAUUUAAGCAGAAUUAGAAUUGAUCUUUAGUGAUAAAUCGUCUGCUGAUGCGUACGAUUUCAUUUUUCCGAUCUGAAAUUGGAAUACAGAGCUUUUCGAGCGAAUUUUGGCUCAGGUUCGAAUGAUAUAUGGAAAUUUUUGGAGAAAUAAAGAUUUAUGUCAAUCGGAUCUGAUUUAUCA